AGCGCCGACGUCAUCCGCUCCCCCCACCCGGCCGAGGGGCGGUGGCCGCGCAGCCUCCGCGGGGCGGCGGCACAGACGGACCGACCGAGGGACAGAGGCAUCGGGGGACCGGCGGGCGCACGGCCAGGCCAUGCCCGGAGAGGCGGCGCGUGCCGAGCUGCUGCUGCCCGAGGCGGGCAGGCCCGGGCCCCGCACAGAUGGCUCCUGUGAGGCGGCUGCCGGCCCCAGCACAAGAGGGGGCCUGCGGGAGCCCCACACCCUGACACCAGUACCCAGCCCGUUGGUCCUCUCGUUCCUGCCCAGCAAGCCAGGCACCCGGCCCCAGCCCGAGGGAGCCAGCUGGGAUGCUGGGCCUGGAGGCAUCUCGUCAGCCUGGGCAGAUACAGUAGAAGGCGGCCCGAGCUCAGCACUGCCCCCCGAGACUCUGCCCUCUGCCCUGGAGCCCCGGAUUGUGAUGGGCGAGGAGACAUGCCAGGCCCUCCCAUCACCUGGGGCAGCCGAGCCAGUGCUCAGGGACCGGGAAGGUGGGCAUGAUAGCCUGCACCCACCACCCGGGCUGUGUUCUCAGGGUGAGCCUCCCGUGCCUUUCCCUUCCCCAGACCCAGAGACCUUCUUCACACCUCCCUCCACCCCCACUGCAACCACCUGUUCCCUGUUCCCCAGCCAUGGCUCCCAUGGCUGGGGCUCCGGGGCGGAGCAGGACUCACCCCCUGCGUCCCCCUCGGGCUCCUACAUCACAGCUGAUGGGGACAGCUGGGCUUCAUCGCCGUCCUGCUCUCUCAGCCUACUGGCCCUGACCGAAGGCCUGGACCUGGCCUCCAGCUGGGGCGUUUCCCCACCGGGCUCCGUGGUGGACGAGCACGAGCCAAGCCUGCCAGAGCUCCCGGAGCUGCCCUCACCACCCUCCUCCUGCUCCAGCGUCUCCAGCAACAGCAGCUCUUCCUGGGGCCAGGAGGCCCACUUCUUUGACCUGGACUUCCUGGCCAACGACCCAAUGAUCCCUGCUGCCCUCCUGCCCUUUCGGGGCAGCCUCAUCUUCCAGGUGGAGGCCAUGGAGGUGACACCACUGCAGCCAGCGGCAGAGGAGGAGGCAGCUACGGCAUGCGACAGGGACCUGGCUGGGGAGGGCGAGGAGGACAGCCCAUCGGCCUCCUUCCUGCAGUCGCUGUCUGACCUGUCCAUUGCUGAGGGCAUGGAUGAGGCCUUUGCCUUCCACGACGACCCCUCGGCCGCUUCAUCCGACACAGAUUCAGCCUCCUAUGCAGGAGCAGAUGACGAGAGACUGUACAGUGGGGAGCCCCAUGCCCAGCCCAGCACCCUCCCUAAGGAUGGAGCCCAGAGGGCAGGGUGGGAGUGCGAGGGUGCAGCUGAGGGGCCCAGCCUUCAGGGUGCAGAAGCAGGCACCUGCCUCAUCCAGAGCCAGCAUUCAGCUGAGCAAACAGCAGAAGCAGCUCUUGUUUUAGACCAGGAGCCCACAGCCACCAAGACACCCCCUGCUCUGCAGGCAGCCUCAGGAUCCUGGCUGACCCCUGAGGCCAAGUCAGAAGAGGACUCCACUGUGGAAGGAGCAGCAAACACCGAGGCAGAGCCCCAGCUGACCCCUGAGGCUGAGCAGGAAGGGGAGGACUCCACCAUGGAAGGAGCACCAAACACCGAGGCAGAGCCCCAGCUGACCCCUGAGGCCAAGUCAGAAGAGGACUCCACUGUGGAAGGAGCACCAAACACCGAGGCAGAGUCCCAGCUGACCCCUGAGGCUGAGCAGGAAGGGGAGGACUCCACUGUGGAGGGAGCACCAAACACCGAGGCAGAGCCCCAGCUGACCCCUGAGGCUGAGCAGGAAGGGGAGGACUCCACCAUGGAAGGAGCAACAAAUACCGAGGCAGAGCCCCAGCUGACCCCUGAGGCCAAGUCAGAAGAGGACUCCACUGUGGAAGGAGCACCAAACACCGAGGCAGAGUCCCAGCUGACCCCUGAGGCCAAGUCAGAAGAGGACUCCACUGUGGAAGGAGCACCAAACACCGAGGCUGAGCCCCAGCUGACCCCUGAGGCUGAGCAGGAAGGGGAGGACUCCACCAUGGAAGGAGCACCAAACACUGAGGCAGAGUCCCAGCUGACCCCUGAGGCUGAGCAGGAAGGGGAGGACUCUACUGUGGAAGGAGCACCAAACACCGAGGCAGAGCCCCAGCUGACCCCUGAGGCUGAGCAGGAAGGGGAGGACUCCACUGUGGAAGGAGCACCAAACACCGAGGCAGAGUCCCAGCUGACCCCUGAGGCCAAGUCAGAAGAGGACUCCACUGUGGAAGGAGCACCAAACACCGAGGCCGAGCCCCAGCUGACCCCUGAGGCCAAGUCAGAAGAGGACUCCACUGUGGAAGGAGCACCAAACACCGAGGCAGAGUCCCAGCUGACCCCUGGGGCCAAGUCAGAAGAGGACUCCACUGUGGAAGGAGCACCAAACACUGAGGCCGAGCCCCAGCUGAACCCUGAGGCAGAGCAGGAAGGGGAGGACUCCACUGUGGAGGGAGCACCAAACACCGAGGCCGAGCCCCAGCUGACCCCUGAGGCCGAGCAAGAAGGGGUGGACUCCACUGUGGAGGGAGCAGCAAACACCGAGGCCGAGCCCCAGCUGACCCCUGAGGCCGAGCAAGAAGGGGUGGACUCCACUGUGGAGGGAGCAGCAAACACCGAGGCCGAGCCCCAGCUGACCUCUGAGGCUGAGCCAGAAGGGGAGGACUCCACUGUGGAGGGAGCAGCAAACACCGAGGCCGAGCCCCAGCUGACCUCUGAGGCUGAGCAAGAAGGGGAGGACUCCACUGUGGAGGGAGCAGCCAUCACCAGGGCACAGCCCCAGCCCUGUCGGAAGAGAGUGAACACCACCCAGGUCCCGGCUCCUGGCACUGCCGACGCAUCUCCCUGUCGGCAGGAAGCAGCCAGCUCUUGCUGCUGCCCAGUCUCUCCCCAGGAUGUAAAGGCAGGAGGACCAGUGCCCCCCUCCAGCUCAAGGCCCGUUGUCGCAGCGGCCCCUGCACCCCUGCCAGCUGCAGAUGUCAUGGCUGUUGUCCAGGGGUCUCUGGUGGCAGUCUCUCAGUCCCUGAAGGAUACAGGCCCCCACUCAGGCCCAGAACCCACAGCCGAAGGUGGUCCACAGGCCCCACAGGUCAAGGCAAGCUACGACCCAGGGACCAGACCCAAGCCUGUGGCUUCUGUAUCCCAGCAGGUGGUGGCCAGGAGGGACACAGCCUUGUCUGCAGGGCCAGAGCAACCAGCCCCACUCCAGGGCCAACAUGAUGCUCCAGAACUGGCUGUGAGGGCCCAAGAUGCAGCGCCCCCCCCAGGCAGAGUGGUGUCUGUGCACCUGAGUGUGGAAGCUGAGGACCGGAGGGGCGAAGGACGCAAGCCACGGGCACGGGGAGACGGACCCAGGUCAACACCUCAAGGCGCAGGGGCUGCUCCCAAGGGCAGCCAGGGGCAGCCCCCGAGUCCAGCCCGGGAGGGAAGGGGUCAGUGUGGCAAGGCUGCCCCAAGGCCUAAGCUCACUAUGGCUGCAGCCACAGAGGCUGGGCUGGGCUCCUGCCCCCAGGUGCCAGUAGGGGCUGCCUCUCAGCUGGACAGGGGCUAUCCUGAAGAUCCUGCCCCACCCCUAGCACCCUGCAACAAGCCGGUGCGCAUGUUUAACCCAGGCCAUUCGCAGGCAGUUCCUCCAGCCUCUAGUCCUUCCCCACCACAGCAGCCUCGACAGCACCCUGCCAGGGGCUCACCCGGCACACCCAAAUCCAGGCCCCUGGGUGCCCCUGCUUCCUGCCAGCGUCCCCAAGAAAACUGCAGGGACCAUGAGGAGGCUGCAGACCCUCCAGGUCCCCGGACACUCCGGGCCAGAGCCCAGUGGGCCACCACUGCUGCCACCUCAGGAACCUCGCAGUGGCCAGGGCCCCCCUCGGCCCCCUGCCCGCUCCUCAACCCCGAGUCAGCCCCCAGGGAUGCCAAAGACGUGGCCUCGGGGCCCCUGCCCCCCUGCCAAGUGCCUCCUGCAUCUGGGCCCAGAAGCCCUGCUGACGCACAAGGGCCCGCGGCCCCCAAGCUGCACGAAGACGAGGACAGCCCCGAGGAAGGUGAGGGCCAGGGGGGACCGGGGGGUCUGCCUUGUUGCCCCCCCUCACGCCUGUCCCCUUCUCUAGGCUCGGGCCAGUAUUCAGAUAGCCACGGAGAGUCAUCGGCCGAGCUGGAUGAGCAGGAUGCCUCGGUGCCUCAGACGGCGCAGUGCUCAGUCCAGGCCCCAGCAGGCAGCAGCGAGGAGACCAUAGCCAAGGCCAAGCAGAGUCGCAGUGAAAAGAAGGCCCGAAAGGCCAUGUCCAAGCUUGGCUUGCGGCAGAUUCAGGGAGUCACCAGAAUCACCAUCCAGAAGUCCAAGAACAUCCUCUUUGUCAUCGCCAAACCCGACGUAUUCAAGAGCCCAGCCUCCGACACCUACGUGGUCUUUGGGGAGGCCAAGAUCGAGGACCUGUCCCAGCAAGUGCACAAGGCUGCAGCUGAGAAGUUCAAGGUGCCCUCGGAGCCCUCUGCCCUGGUCCAGGAGUCCCUGCCUGGGCCCCGGGUAAGGCCGGAGUGUGAAGAGGAAGAGGAAGAGGAGGAGGAGGUGGACGAGGCAGGGCUGGAGCUGCGGGACAUCGAGCUGGUGAUGGCCCAGGCCAAUGUGUCCAGGGCCAAGGCAGUGCAGGCCCUGAGAGACAACCACAGUGACAUUGUCAACGCCAUCAUGGAGCUGACCAUGUAGCUGCGACUGGAGCCGUGGCGUGGCGCACUCCCCUUCACCUGCUGCUCAAUAAACAGUGCCCCCACCCGC